AUGGUCAAUCACAUAGUCUUGAUUCGCGGUGAAGAUGGGCUUCUGUUUGAUCCAGAAGGGAACCGGUACAAUGAGCAAGGGCAGAAACUCGAUGCUGCUGGGAAUGUGAUCCCAGAACCAGCUGUAGAUCCAGCUGCUCCUAACCCACCCCCCCUCAACCAAGCUGCUCCUAUUCAGCCUGCAGCUUUUCAGCCGGCACUACCCAAUGAAGGAGCAGGAGAGCAGCGCACACUAGGCGACCACAACAGGCCUGAUUUUUUCUAUGCGAAUCGCUCUGCGAUCCGACCUCCUCCGUUCCAGAGGAAUAACUUUGAGCUGAAACCUUCUUACUACACUCUUGUGGGUCUGCAUCCCUUUCAUGGUUAUCCCACUGAGAAACCAAUGGAUCACAUUGAGAACUUCGAAGACCUGGCCAGCAGCAUCAAAGCCGAUGGCGUGAGCAUGGACUACCUUCUCUGCAAGCUUUUCCCUUACUCUCUUGCUGGGGAUGCAGCUUACUGGCUAAAGCAGUUGCAACCAGGAUCUUUGACAAACUGGGAGGAUACUAAGAAAGCCUUUCUGAACAAUUUCUAUGAUGAUGCAAUGUCUGAGGAGGCAAGGAACAACAUCUCUACAUUUCGUCAAGGACCUACUGAAGCGUUCAAGGCGGCUUGGGUUCGAUUCAGGUCAUAUCAGAGAGACUGUCCACACCAUGGUUUUAGUGAGAUUCAGCUGCUGGGCACCUUCUUUAGAGGCAUUGAUUGGCAGUAUCAGAUGGCUCUCGAUGCUGCGAGCAAUGGGAAUUUCAACACCAGGUAUCCACAUCAGGCUUACCAACUUAUUGAGAACUUGGCAUCUAGCAAUAGUACCAAGAAUGCUGAUUUAGAGAGGAAGAAGCUAGGUGGAAACAUGGAUAGAAGUCAAAUUGCUGAGGUUAAGGCUAAGUUAGAUUCUGUGCAUGGCCUUCUUGUGGGAAAGAAAUCAGUUCAAUUUGCUGCUGAGGUUGAAAGUGUGGAUGAAGAAGAUGUUAAUUUCAUCAAUGGAGCUGGGUUUCAAGGACAGAGAUGGGCCAAUCAACAAGGAUAUAAUUCCUCUUAUCAUAAGCCUUAUGGUUCUUCUUCUUACCAGAAACCUCCUGAACAAGACAAUGAGAUGAAGUCAAUGCUUAAGCAACUUCUAGAAGGUCAGCAAAACAUGACUGUGAGCUUUAAUGGAAGGAUGGAUGCCAUGUACCAAGACUUGAAUGGGAAAUUUGAAGCUUUGAGCACACAUGUGAAGAAGUUGGAUGUUCAAGUUGCUCAAAGUGCUGAGUCUAUCAAAAGACAAGAGGGUUUUCUUCCUGGAAAGACCAAUAUCAAUCCCAAACAUUCAUGUCAUGCUAUUAUGGUGGAAACUGGAGCCAAUUUCGUGGAUUUUGAGAAGACUGCAACUGAUUUUCGCACUGCAGAAGUUGCGUGUCGGGCGACACCACUGAACUGUGUCGGUCGACACUGCAAUAGUUGCGUCAGUGUCGACGCAAGUGAUCUGCCAGAAGAAAUUCUGCAAAUUUCGGAUUUUCAGGCAAAUUCCUGCAAAUUCCAGACUGCACCAGAUCUUACAGAAACGUCCAAAUCAGGUGCAGAAAGAGUCUAUAAGCCUAAAAUUCCUUUUCCAAGAGGUCCUAGGAAGUCUAAACAAGAGAUUGAAGAUGCAAAAGUCAAGGCCAUGAUAGACAAGCUGAUGAUUGAGAUACCAUUAGUUGAUGCAGUCAAUCUUUCCCUGCACUAA